GCGCUUGGGCCAUUUAUUUACCUCCGACUUUGAACUUUUGAUUUGAUCGUGACUUUCUCGCAAUUGUCUUGAACCGCUGGACAUCCUCGGCUUAUCAAUCACUCAUCUCCCUUCCUUUCUGUUGAGACAAAUCUCACAAUGCCGCGUUCUACCCGAGCAAAGGUCGCCCCAGCCCAGCCAAUCUUCUCAGAAGACUCAGACUCGGAGAAUGACAAGAACGGGGAAGACAUCACGCUGUCCGAUCCGCUGUCUGCAAUCAAUCCUUACACUGUGCUCUCUGUUCCCAUCACAGCAUCUGAGUCAGAUAUCAAGUCCGCCUACCGUAAACUCGCCUUAAAGCACCACCCCGACAAAGUAUCCCCUUCCGAACGCGAGGCAGCACACCAGAAAUUCCAGGAAAUUGCCUUUGCCUAUGCCAUCCUCAGCGACGAACGCCGCCGAAAGAGAUACGAUGCUACAGGAAACACAGCCGAGUCGGCAAAUGUUGAUGACGAUGACUUCAAUUGGACAGACUUCUUCCGGGAGAUGAGUGCUCAGGUUGUGAGCGGAGAUCUUAUCAAUCAAGUCAAAAAGGAGUAUCAAGGCAGUGAAGAGGAGAGGCGCGAUGUAUUACAGGCCUACACAGACUUUGAGGGUGACAUGGACGCCGUGUUUGAAACCGUCAUGUGUAGCGAAGUACUGGCGGACGAGGAUCGCUUCCGAGCUAUGAUCGAUGCGGCCAUUGCAGAAGGCCAAGUCGAGUCAUAUUCCACGUAUGUCAAGGAAAAUAAGUCAUCUCGAGACAAAAGAAAGGCGCGUGCGCGAGCAGAGGCCGCCGAAGCCAUGGAAAUGGCCGAAGAGCUGGGCAUCAAGGACAAAUUGUUUGGUACAAGUAACAAAGACGGGAGCAGUAAGAUGAAAAAGAAAAGAGACGGUGCAAACGACGGGGACGACGCGCUCAAAGCCCUCAUAAUGCAAAGACAGCAGUCUCGAGCUCAAAACUUCUUUGACGAUCUCGAGGCCAAGUAUGGAGGUGCAGCCAAGGGCGGCAAACGAAAGAAGGCGGAUGAGCCGCCAGAAGAGGCCUUUCAGAAGAACGCGAAAAAGGGCAAGAGGUCGACCAAGACAUGACGGCUUACAGAACAGUUGCCACUAUUUGCCAUUGGUGAUGGGCCCUCUUGAGGAAUACAUUUGCAGGCAUGAGACAAAGACAGCAGAGCCGCGUUGGAGUUAGCAUCUUGCGCUUGUUGCAGGCAGAAGCACAUGCUGACGAGUUGGAAUUCCCAGCACGGAGUUGGCAGAGAAAUGUACCUGGCUGCAAAUACGCCAUGCCGACAAGACGACAACUGUUAUGGUUGCUAUUGGCGAAUUUGAAGACCACCAAGAGCCGUAACCGAACGUCUCGGUAUGAACAUCAACCACGCCGCAAACGGCUGGGACGGCACGAGCAUCAGGG